AUCUCGAGAUAAUGUCGUUGUCAGUUUGUUUUGUCACAUAACCAGUAUAUUAUUAUUUUGUAAUUACUCAAUACCUACUUAUUACUUAGUUACUAGUUUGGUAUUUCAUAGUUGAUAUAUGGAUCGUGUCGUUCCUUCAUUAUAAUACUGUUUUGUACUAAAAAUUUAAGAUUAUCGUUAUUAUUAUUAGCGUGUAAAGGUAUUACAAUGAGAAUUAUUUCUACCACCGUUUUGGUUUUGUGUUUAUCUAGUGAGUAUACCCUAAAAUGUUCAGAAGACGACUUUGUCGAUCCGUUGGAUAUGCUCAACUACGACAGGUCGUCGAAAUCAAUGAAAAAUCCUACACCAAAAACAAUGGCUAAUGAGCCCGUUCAAAAUGAACGUUGUACGGUCUUUCUUUCAAGAUUCAUCAACAUACUGUUAAUAAACACUGGACUAUCUAACAUUGAUCAAGUGUCAAACUAUGACGAAAACAAAGAGCUGAAGUUGCAUACAUCAGUAACCCUCAGUGUUCAAGAUUUGGAGUUGUUAAAAAACAUGGCCAAUAAAAGGGAUGUAGAUUACACAGAAAUUGAUCGAAUUUUAAGCGGCCUAUUUACUCCAGUGGAAAUGAACUCCACUGAGAAAAACGGCCAAGGAAACAGCCAUUUAAAAAUAUAUCAUCUGUUUAAGCAAGAUGCGCUGUAUUGGAUUUCAGUUGGUUGUAUUACAAUUGUUUUACUGUAUAUUAUUUUUAAAAAAAUUAAUUAUAUUUGCAGCCUAACAUUUGUUCUGUUUAUUAUUUUUGCACUUGGAUUUGCUUCAACCUGGUACACCAUGUACAUGAAAGCCGAAAUAAAUCGCAGUGUUCAAUUGGAGUACAUGCCCACUGAGUGUCGUGAAAAGACAGGCUGGACUACUUUUUCUUGGUUUAAAUCCAGCAAUUUAGAUCAGUGCAAAAGGUACAAAGAAGCGAUUUUUUUGGAUCCUAAAUAUUCUAUCGCCAUGACUGAUAUAUUUGCUGAAAUGUUUAGUAAAAUGUUGACGAAGCCGAUAGAAGCCUUAGGAGAAUCUAUAUAUGUGUUCAAUAAAUCGGUUUUAAAGGAUAUACCAUUUUUGGCUCAAGUAAUUUUGAUUCCUAUCAUUAUUGUUAUAAUCAUCAAAACAGUAUUUUUAUCGUGCUCAUUGUUAGUUGGUCGAGGUUUAAGCACAAAAUACUUAUUUGGAUAUGGUGAUGCAACAAUUGGUGCAGAACCAACCAAUAAUGACCAAUAUACAACAAAUAAAAGAAUUAACAAUAGUUUUCAUCCAAUGAUAUCAGCCCAACAUACGGCACCUCAAAUUCCUGCAUUGCCAAAUGUUAAUUUCAACAUCAAUUUAAGUCAUCCAAGUCCAAAUGAAAAUACUCGAUCCUCACGUUAUGAUGAUAAAUUUAAAAUCAACUAUGCAAAAGAAAGUAAUUUAAUAGCAAUGCUAAAGAAUAGAGAGAACGACAGUGUUGAUAGUAAAGAUUUCAAAGACCUUAUAAAAAAAGCACCUAGACAUAGAACAUUGUCUAUGUAAGACCCUCCAUUUUCAAAGUAAUAUAAUAUGUUAUAUUAUGACCUAUUUUAUAAUGUAUAAAUAUUUUCCGUUUUGGAUUAUUAUGCUGUAUUUUAAUUGAAAUUAAUUUUUGUAUAUUUAUUACGUACAUGGUGUUCAAUGAUGCACUUAUAUAUUUCUUUUGUAGUAGGAUAUUGGAGCUUCCAUCAAAAUACUGUUUAAAAUUGUUUUCACAUUGUUGACCACCAUGCAAUUUGUAUACUAUGUAUACAUUCUAAUAUUGUAUUAUACAAGUUUUAUAGUAUAAAAUUAUUUUAUUUUAUAUUGCUAUUUUGAGUACCUUACUAAUAAAAUAUAGUUUUCAUCAGA